AUUUGAUGCAGGACCCAGAGCUCUACGUUCGAAAUUUCUAGGAAGAAAUUAGCUAAAGAAAUAAACGCAAACAACCUUAGCAAUUUCCUGAUGAUCAACGAUUACAUGAACGUCCUAGAGUUAGAAAGAUCGAGCCUCCUUCUUAGAUCAUCAGUCAAUCAUUGCUUAAGAAUCAUAGUUAUGUGUAUUACAAUCCAUAUCAUCUAGGGCUGAUCCUCUCAAAAAUUUUACGAAACCGCUUAUCAAUUAUUAAAUUACUAGUCCAUCUGGAAGAGAGCCAUAGCGAUACAAUCACAAUUUUUCGUAUCUCGGAAAAGAUAAUAUCUUUCGUAAGGAACCCUACAACCAAAAUUAAAAAGAUUAUGCUCCUCAGCGAUAUUCACAGCAAUCCAAUGAAUAAAGAGUUAAUUAUUAAAAUGUAGGCAAUAUGCUUGUUGGUGGUGGCAGUCAACAAUAGUUAUAAACUCAAACACAAGUAGAAAAUCAGUAAGUGACUUAAUCAUAAUUGUAAAAUUAAUAAACAGAAUAUGGAUAUCCAUCACAGCAACAAAAUUAUUAAUAUUAAUUAGAAUAGCAAUAGCAAUAACAAUUACUGUAAUAACUGGAACUAAAAUAAUAAUAACUGUAUUAGCAGUAGAUGUAAUACUAGCAGUAACAACUCUCGUAAUCCUAAUUACCAUAACAAUAAUACUAAUAAUAACAAAAUUAAUAAUCACAAUAGUAUUAGGCAUAUUAAAUACCAACAUAAAGUUACUAAUAAAACUAGCAAUUCUCUUCAUAGUAUAAUCCUUAUUAGGCAGGAACACCAAACACAUAUAAAUUGAAAAGUGAAAAUAAUUAAUAGCCUUUCAAUUAUUAUGGGUAAUUAUCAAUCUUAAUGUAUUUAGUUCUAGAGCAUUAAAAAAUUUAGAUAGUACGUAAAUAUAUUGA